AAACUUACACAUGGCAAGCCCACUUGGAACUCCUUCAAUUAGUCUAUUUACUUCCUUAACCUACUAAAUUUCAUCCUAAAUGAGCUUAUUCAAAACUCCAGAGAUUGAUUGGAAGAACCUCAAUAAACAAAACCAGCCAAUACAGAUUGAAGAAGAUUUAGAAGAACUUUCGGAUAUUGACCUGAAGAUUACGUAUCUUAAGCCCAAAGGGAAGGAAAGAGCUAAGCCAAAGACUUGUAAGAAGAAAGAUCCGUAUAAGUAUCUGGAUUUUAAGAAGAGGCAGGGUAGAGGUGAUGAGGGGCAUCUUGGCCUAAGUGGGCCACCACAGCCAGUAGGCGGAUGAAAGGAGGUGUCUAAACAGACUGAGGGGCUUAAUUGAGCGGAAAUACAAAGGAAAGAGGUUUGUGAGUCUGAUACUGGGAGGGUUGUGGGAUUCUCAAACCCAUCUCUGCAAGAUAUGAGAUUCACUGACUCGUGUGAAUUCUCGUUAAGUAAUACUAGCUUUGUGCAAGGGUAUGAUAAAUUGCAGAGCAAAGGAACUCCAAUGCUUUAUGAAAACUCUCCUAAGCCAAAAAUCAAACUAAAUCCUCCGAAGAAAACCAAAAAGCGAGCGAAGAAGACAAAAGAGAAGCAAGGCUCUUUGAAACAAGAAAGUACAGAGGCUGACUGGGAGAGACAGAAAGUAUUUUUGAAACAAACUAAUCAAGGAGCGGACGUCACAGAUCUGCCUCCUGUUAUUGAAACUCCCAUUUACUCAGUCUUACAACUUAUCUCCAAGAGCGAAGUUGAGCUGUGCCAAUCAGUUUACCAGCUGAUCAAGGAUCAAGAUAUAAUCUUGUCCACACAGUUUUACCUGAACGAGCAGAAGCAGAUCAGUGUGGUCGCAUUCAAGUGAUACUUAAGUCCAGAAGGUUGAAAUUUUUUUGUUUCUUUUAAAAAGACAAUAACACCUAUAAAUUCUGUAUAUUUAUUAGAGGAUUACCACCCAUACCAUUGUCAUCAGAAUAACGUGACUAAGCUGGUAAAGCAAGACCAAUGAAUAGUGAAAUCAGAGCAGACAAGCACAGCUUCUUCUGAAGAAAGAAGGCUUAGCAUUAGUCCUAUGAAGCAGCAAGACAUAUUAGUCGCGAAAAACUCUGACUUUCAGAGAAACCGUGCCUGCGAAGAGAUUUGUGCGGAUAAGCAAAAUAGUAUUGAGCAAGUUAAGAGAGCUAACUUCUGAGAACCUGCGAGACUUCCAGAGCUGGAUAUCCGGCUAGAAUCCAUUGUUGGAUAUGACACAGACACUUUGGAGCUAUAAUUCCCUCCUGAUCAGGCUUAUAUUAUUCUAUAGAUUCAGG